AUGACCACCCCGCUCGAAGUCUGGGGCCGCCGCGACUCCUCCAACGUUCAGGCGGUGAUGUGGUGCAUCGCCGAGCUCAACCUCCCCUACCUGCGCCACGACAUCGGCCAACGCUUCGGCGGCAACAACACGCCUGAGUUCCUCGCCAUGAACCCGAACGGCCGCAUCCCUGUCCUCCGCGAUGGCGCCAGCGAGCCUUUAUGGGAAAGCGGCGCCAUCAACCGGUACCUGGCAUCCGCUUACGGGUCCGACGAGUUCUGGCCCCAGGAUCCCCGGGCGCGCGCACAGAUCGAUAAAUGGGCCGAAUGGGCCAAGGUCACCUUCACCCCGGCCUUCUCGCUGCGUAUCUGGUGGCAGCUGGUGCGGGUGGCCCCGUCGAAGCGGGAUCCGAUCGCGAUUCGCGAGGCAGUCGCCGGGCUCGAUCCCAUUCUGGAUAUCGCGGAGGCGCAGCUGACGCGGCAGAAGUUUCUGGCUGGAGAUGUGUUUACCCUUGCGGAUGUGCAGUUCGGGCACCUGCUGUUUCGGUACUUUAGUAUUGACAUUGAGCGGAAGGAGAGGCCGGGUCUGCAGAGGUAUUAUGAGGCGCUGAAGGAGAGGCCGGCGUAUCGGGAGCACGUUAUGACGAAAGAUCAAUGUGAAAAUGAUCUUCGAAACUAUUCAGUUGAUAUACGUGAUCCAUUGAUAGACACAUACUACUACAACCACACGAUUGUUAGCCCUAAGACUCCAUUCAGUGAUGUGAUUGCCCAGAAGGUCCUCAUGGUUCAUCGUGACACCCUCCAAAUAAUCGAGGCCAUGAAAUUUGGUUACGCUGUAUAUAAAGAGACUAUGCUGAGCAACGGCAAAUCCCAUAGGAUUAACGGAAGCAUUACAGAUGAUUCUACGCAUGACGAAUCGUACUAUGGUCCAGGUGGCCAUACUUCAAGGGAAGAAGGCGUUACAUCCCAUUUGGUCGCAGCAGGCGACACGGGAUUGGCUAUCUCACUUACCACGCCAGUAAAUCUACUCAGUGAGCAAAAGGCAGCGAGGGGUAAGCACUCAAGCGGAAAGAGUAGGCCAUCAAGAGACCUAGAAAAUCAAUUCGGGCAAGAUACCCAUGAUUACGUCAGAGCACAUAAAGAGUCAUGCAAGAGUGUGUUAAAGAACAGGUAA